CUUAUCCAUUCGGGGAGGUGCGCGCGCAGUCGGUGGCGGAAGUAGAAACAAGGCUUCAGGUAGAGGUAGCGGUUUUCACACGGACAGACCAUUUAUUUAGAGAAACAAGGCUGCUGUUCUUUCCAAAACCUAUCCUGCUCGAUUCCAGUCUUGAAAGAGUUUUUUGGAUGGAGGGAGAAGCUGGGAAAAUGCGUGUGAUGGUGACAGGAGGCACUGGUCUGGUGGGCAAAGCCAUAGAGCAAGUGUUGCAAGAGGAAGGAGGAGCAAGAGAAGGAGAAACAUGGAUCUUCCUUUCAUCCAAAGAUGCCAACUUAAUGGAUGUAGCUGAGACAAAAGCGGUGUUUCAGAAACACCGCCCAACACACGUCGUUCAUCUGGCAGCCAUGGUGGGCGGCCUCUUUAAAAACAUGAGUCAGAACCUUAACUUUUGGAGAAACAACGUCUACAUAAAUGACAAUGUGCUGCACACAUCUCAUGAGUUUGGCGUGCAAAAAGUUGUGUCCUGCCUAUCCACCUGCAUCUUCCCAGACAAAACCACUUACCCCAUUGAUGAGACUAUGAUUCACACUGGUCCUCCUCAUGAAUCUAACUUCGGUUAUUCUUAUGCUAAACGAAUGAUUGAUGUCCACAACAAGGCAUAUUUUAAACAGUAUGGUCGAAAGUACACUGCUGUUAUCCCUACAAAUGUGUUUGGUCCCCAUGACAACUUCAACAUAGAGGAUGGCCAUGUUCUCCCAGGACUUAUACACAAGACCUACAUAGCACAGAAGGAGGGGACAGCCUUGCAUGUCUGGGGUUCUGGCCAUCCACGACGGCAGUUUAUUUAUUCGCUUGAUUUGGCUCGACUCUUUCUUUGGGUUCUCAGAGAAUAUGAUGAGGUGGAGCCAAUCAUAUUGUCAGUUGGAGAGGAGGAUGAAGUGUCCAUCAAGGAAGCUGCGGAUGCAGUUGUCAAAACUUUGGGGUUCAAAGGGGAAGUUGUUUAUGAUACAAGUAAAGCUGAUGGACAGUUCAAGAAAACAGCCAGCAACGCUAAACUCCGCAAGUACCUUCCUGACUUCAGCUUCACUCCUUUCCACAAAGCCAUGAAGGAGACCUGUGAUUGGUUUGUGGCCAAUUAUGACAUCGCUCGUAAGUGAAGAUCAUUUGAAGAAUGCCACCUGUCUUGCUGCAACACAAUAUAGGGUUUGUAGCACAAAUGUUAAACCCAUUGCACUCGAAGUGUGCUUGAGUGAGGAAUUUGAAAAAGCAGCACAUUAUUAUUAUUAUUAUUAUUAUUAUUAUUUGUGGAAAAUAUCCACACUUAAAGAUAUGAUAUGAUAAGUAAUGAAUAAAACACGACUGGGCAUGAUGUUACUGGAAAAUAACCAAUGACAGGUUGAUGUGAUGGGGCCUGUCUCGAAGUAUAGCUAAAGUUAACACCCCAAAGAUGAUUCUUCUCUUAACAGCACGUCCUGAAGUGUUUUAUUCCUCUCAUACCGAAGCAAUGCCAACAGCUUUUAUUUAUUAAAGACCGACUUGUUGUAUGAUUUAUAGUAACCUUUUGUUGCUAUGGAUGCAUGGAAACCAGUUUGUUCUUGUCAUAACACUGAGAUUGUCAUAACAUCCUGAAGACUGGCGGUUACAAAGCACUGGCACUGGAGACUCCUUCCAACAAUGUUAAAUAAACAUCUCUACACAGAAAUGUCUACCAUAUAAGCCCCUUUUUCAGUUGUUACUAUAGAAACAACGUAAAACAACGAGCACAUUCAUAUCAACGUGGGAUUUUCCAGCCGUGCUCUGCUGGAACAGUAAUCGAUGUAUAUCUCACCAGUCAAAUUCAAGAAUUCGACAUCACUGUGGUAUAAAUGUCAGUAAAUGUACAAAUUCUUAGUAAACGAAGUGUAGUGUAUUCCUAUUCCCUCAUUUCUGUGAAUAGCUAGCUGCUUUUUUGGACACAUUUAUACAUGUAUGGUUGUAUUUUCCCAAUGAUAACCCUUUUUGGAUAGUAUAAUUUUGUGUAAAAGUAGGUUACAGAAUAACAUCCUCAGGAUACUUUCUGAGUCUUACAAUGGAAAAGGCUUCUUGCUAAUUACAGUCCCUUAAGGCUACUUUACUGUGAUUUGAUCCUUUCAUUUCAAAUUCAGGCAUUCAAAAUGCCUGAAUUUCUUUUUUUCCCCCCCCAUGUUUAAAAGGAAAUGAUUUAUGAUUCACAGCAAUUGUAAUGUUAUCACACCUUCAGAUGUACCUCCAUGGUUCGAGGAGUAGGGAUUAAUGUUUCAAACGGGAGGAGUUUACAAUAACGCGGCUGAAAUUACAACACGGGGACAACGUGCUUCCUUUCUACCCUGGUUCAUCCUUUGUUCAAUUUGAAAAUAAUAAGCACCAUUAACACUAUUUUAAAAAGUAGUAGGAGUAGUUAUCAGGGAUUUUUACUAUGAUUCUAAGGGUUUUAUUUCUAAUGAAAUGAAUCGUUAUGGUAAAAUGUUUACCCUUUCUUUACUGGGAUGAUACGGUGUUUUAUUUAGGAUCUGUUAAAUUUUCAUUUACUAACCAUUUUCGUCAGUCUGAGUUGUACAGGAUUAGUAGUUUAGAAAUGAUCUGAUAUGGUUUUGAUGAGCAAUGUCAUUUUUGAUCAGUGACCAAAUGAAUUUCUGCAUUUAUUUUGUUUGGUGAAAUAUUAAACAUUUGCCAUGUUAUGAA